UCAGUCACUUGCAAAGACACUCUGGGCAGCGGACAACUUGCAAUAACGCAGAACAACUUACGCAGCAAUGGCUUUGGUUUUGCUCCACUGUAGGGAAAACAACAAAGCUCACAACACUGAUGAGAUCUCUGUGGACAGACUCAUAGUGAGGAGGGGGAAGCCCUUUCUCCUGACUCUCCAAAUGAAAACAGCUGACAUGUCAGCUCUCGACAAGCUGGAGUUCACGGUACAAACAGGUCUUCAGGCUUCUGAGGCUUUGAGGACCAAGGCGAUGUUCAGGAUCUCUCCUGCGGGGCUGGCGAAUAAUUUGUGGAAUGCCAGCAUCCAGGAGAAGACUGUCUCCUCUGUGACGCUGUCUGUCAGCAGCCCAGCCGAAGCCUGUAUCGGGGAGUAUUCUCUGAGAAUAAAGACUGCCUCUUCCUUCACUUGUGAUAACAAGUUUAUCCUGCUGUUUAAUCCUUGGUGUUCAGAUGAUUCAGUAUACAUGCUCCAGGACAGUGACAGACAGGAAUAUGUGAUGAGUGAACACGGCCUCCUGUACAUGGGAUCUAGCGAUUACAUCUUACCUAAGACAUGGACCUUUGGACAGUUUGAACAGGACAUUGUGGACAUUUGCCUGAAACUCAUGGACAGGAACCUCAAGUGCCUGAGAAACAAGGAGGAGGACUACUCUGCUCGAAGCAGCCCCAUCUACGUCAGCAGAGUGCUCUGUGCAAUGAUUAAUGCCCAAGAUGAUGGAGGGGUUAUAGUGGGCAAUUGGGAUGAUGACUUCUCUGACGGCACAGUACCAACAUCCUGGAACAACAGUGUGGAAAUCCUAAGGAAGUGGGCCAGGAACUACAACUCUGUGAAGUAUGGUCAGUGCUGGGUGUUUGCAGCGGUCCUGUGCACAGUUCUGAGGUGCGUGGGAAUCCCCACUCGAGUGGUCACCAAUUUCCAGUCAGCCCACGACACGGACGGUAAUCUUGUCAUUGACCAAUACCGCGCAGAGAGUGGACGUGUUCUUGAAAACGACAGUGUGUGGAACUUCCACGUGUGGGUGGAGGCCUGGAUGAGGCGCCCUGACCUUUCUGGAGAUUUCUAUGAUGGUUGGCAGGUGGUGGACCCCACACCCCAAGAAACAAGCAAUGGACUGUACUGCUGUGGACCAGCCCCAGUCAAAGCUGUGCUGGAAGGUCAUGUAGACGUCAAAUACGACGUUCCUUUUGUCUUUGCUGAAGUCAACGCUGAUAUUGUCAACUGGAAGAUUUUAUCCAAUGGCUCUAAAAUAAUGCUUAAUUCAGACACAUGUGAAGUGGGGCAGAACAUAAGCACUAAAAUGGUUGGGAUGGACAAGAGAUCAGACAUCACAGCCAGCUACAAAUACACAGAGGGUACAGAGAAGGAGAGGCAGGUGUACAAAGAAGCUGUGAAGAGAGGGACCAAGCCUUUGAGUAAUACGCCAAAUUCACCUCCUGGGUCUCGUAACCUACAGCUGAAGUUAGUAGAGGUUAGCAAGUCAAUCAACGGCAAGGACAUCAACCUUAGUCUGGUUCUGAACAAUAGCAACCAGGCAUCCAAGAAGCUCCAAAUCCACCUGCUUGCUCAGGUUAUGCUCUACAAUGGUGUGCCUGGGGCAAUUAUCUGGACCGAAGAUCCGGAGACACUGCUGCUUUCAAGCAAAGAGAUGAGCAUUCCCAUUCAGAUCGCCUACCCACGCUACGCUACUCUCCUGGGGAGGAACAUCAUCAGAGUGAACGCUAUCGUAACAGAUUUGGAUAACAAUGGGAUCAGCUACCACACAGAGAAAGACAUUGUGCCAGAAAACCCCAAACUCACCAUAACCACGAAGGGGAUGGCCUACCCGGGCUCCGAAAUGACAGCAGAGGUGGUGUUUGAGAACCCCGUCUCUAUGGUACUGACAGACUGUAAGGUCACCGUCAGCGGCUCUGGAUUACUGGUGGACGUCCAGGAGACCAACCUGCCUUCCAUCAAACCCAAUACUCGGAUUCGAGUGCUGGUGCCCUUCGUGCCAUACAAAGCUGGUGCCAGGCAGUUGGUGGCCAACUUCAACUGCAACUUGUUCACGGACAUCAACACGAGCAUCACCGUCGACGUGAAACCCGCGCACAUAGCUACUCGGGUUUAGCUCGUAGCUCGGGUUUAGCUCGUAGCGGACUCAAACAAAGAAUUGGUUGGAUUCUACAAAGCAGGUUGCCUACCAACUUGUGAUGUGCAUAUCAGAGACAAAUGUACUCUUUCUCUACAAAGAAACAAAUAAAUCUCACAAACUGGGUCAAA